AUGACAAAUGAAAAUCUUUCUGAAUCAGGUGAUUCCGAACAAACUCCUAUUAAAAUAAUAAGGGUUACAUUGGGCAAUCAAUCAAAAAUCUGUUGUUUGAUUGAAAGAGGUCCACAAAUAGAGCCAUGA